GUGUAUUGAAGUUCAGAGAUGGCUUUUCAACUUGAAGCUGGACCUCUUAAUGAGGAGACCAAGGCAUUGGCUGUGAAGGAACUCAGGGAGACCGAGGAGAACGUGAAAAAUGGAAUUGAAGCUCUGCGAAAACUUCUUGAAGAGGACAAAAGCAUGUACUUCAGAACAGACGAUGAGUUCCUAACAAUAUUUCUCCGUCCGUGCAAAUACUAUCCUGAGAGUGCUUAUGCUCUCAUGCAGCGUAUAUCUGACUUCAAGGUCAAGAAUGCUGCACUAUUGGAUAACCUGUUACCGAUGGAUGAGAGGGCCGCUCUAUUCGAUAAUGUCGUGAAUGUGAUGAAGGGCAGAGAUCACAAAGGUCGACGUGUCCUCAUAGUGAAUGCUGGAAAGACCUGGGAUCCAUCCAAGGUCAAUGCGGAUUCCAUGUUCCGGAUUUUUUAUCUUGUCCACGAGACGGCCGUUUUGGAGCCCGAGACACAGGUGAGAGGUGUGGUGGUGAUCAUGGACUUUGAGGGUCUCGCCAUGAAGCAGGUGAUGGGCCUUACGCCAUCAUUUAGCAUGAGGCUGUUAUCAUUUAUUCAGGAUGCUAUGCCACUUAGAUUGAAAGAGGUCCACAUCGUGAAGCAGCCAUUCCUCUUCGACCUCGUCUGGAGAAUGUUCAAGCCCUUCAUAAGAGAAAAGUUGCGAAAAAGAAUGUACUUCCAUGGUACAAAAAUGAACUCACUGCACACCCACAUGGCCCCAAGCCAUCUUCCCAAGAACUACGGUGGAGAGCUUCCCGAGAUCGAUUACACCGCUGCCGAUUGGUUCCCAGCCUUCCAGGGUUGCGAGGACAGUAUCAAAGCUUGGAACACUUACGGCUAUCGCAAGGACUGAGACUGUCUCCCCAGACACAAAAAAACAUACCCGUCACUAGAGUAGUCAGACUAACGCGGUGACAAUGAAUAUCUUGAGGAAGAUGAGACCAAAGUUCAUAGUUACAGGAUACAAAAACUCACGAGAAACUGUAAAAACUCCUAGUAAGAAUUAUUAGUUAAUAAGUAUGCAAAAUUUAUAUGGAAUCGUCUAUUUUUUGUUGAAUUUUUGUUGUUGAAUUAAUUAUAUGAGAAAAAGCAAGGAAAAUAAAGUCGAAGAGUAAAAAUAG